AUGGCGGCGAUGAGUCUGUUGAGUCCCGUCCUAAGGCAGGCGUUUCGGUUGGCUUCUUACGGUAGACCCGUGAUAACCCCGCUAAACAGGCAGCUGCAGUUGCAAGGACACGUAUCUGUGAGAAAUGGAGGUCAUGCCAACCAAAUUCCUCUCAUCCCAUCACAGUUCCAGUGGACUCGCUUCAAGGACGACUUUCAUUUCUACCUGCUUCUGGGCCUAGUGCCGAUGUUUUCUCUCAUCACUUACGCUAAUAUUUUCAUUGGUCCUGCUGAACUCUCUGACAUCCCUGAAGGCUAUGAACCCAAGGAAUGGGAAUACUAUAAGAGCCCCAUCAAGAGGUGGUUUGCCAAGUAUGUGUAUAAUGAACCACAGAAAGAUUAUGAGAAAACCAUGCACUACCUGCAUCAGCAACGAGAGGCCAGAUACUGGAGGAUGCUGGAGAAGAAAGUUCGCCAGCUCCAGUCGGACCGACAAGAUUACAAGGGCUGGUACUGGGUGCCCUUUGACAAAAGUGUUGCUGACGAGGGGAAGGCUUCGGCUGAGGAGGCGCUGAGAUUUCAGGGAGCGAGAUGA